GGACCAGCCAUCAAGGCGGUUCACGCGCAGACGCUCUCAUCAAGCGUCUAUAGAGUGUGAGUGCAAGCAGCAAAGCAGCACCCUUCUCUCACAAAGCGCGUGAUCGCCCAGAGCACUACCCCACCGCGUUCCCGUUCCCUCACUCGCUAUCCACUCACUGCUGUGAAGGAGUCUCGCCAACAUCCGACACGCCUGUCUCUUCCGGCGUCCUCUGCGCUUCUUCUGACGCAGUCUCGCAGGUCUGCGCGGCUGCGCGCACGUCACAAUGGCAGCACCCGAGGAAGGUGGUCCCCCGCCUCCUUACGAGGAGCGCAGGAGGGAAGGUGGCAGCUUCUUCGUGCGGGCGAUGUACGACUUCGCCUCCCCAGAUUCCAGCUCACUGUCAUUUGAGAAAGGUCAACUCAUAGAGGUGCUCACUCAGCUCGACAGCGGUUGGUGGGACGGACUAAUGGGAGAAGACAUCCGAGGGUGGUUCCCGAGCAACUACGUGGAGGUCAUCAGCGAAGAAGAGGCGCAGGAAGAAUUACGUGCUCAAGGCUAUCUGAUAGGAUCGGCCGAGGAUGAGCUAGACGAUAGAGAGGGCGACCUGGAUGACGAAGGCAGGCUCCGCGAUGUGUCCAGCGUAUACAGAAGAUUAGGCAUCGACUCGGAGCUAGAUGGCAUGCAACAACUCAUGGCAUACCAAGGCGACGCCAGCAAGGACGGAGGAGACGCCUUUGAACAGCUUGCGGAAGCUGCAAUGCACGGCGGGCCCGAUCGUCAGGAAGGUUCUGAAUCUAUCUCGGCUCUAAGGGCGGCGCGCAGAAGGAGUCGAAUGAGCGAAGCCAGUGGUCUUGAUAGCGUAGGGGCUGGGACCAGCUUGACAGACCUCAGCUUGCAACAGUCUCGUAGCGCGGCAACUAGCAUGACCGAAGCGGACCAUCCUCACGCUGUGGCAGCCUUUGCAGCCUACAAGCAAACCCUGCGUGCUGGACCUAGUGACCGAGAGCGCGACCGAUUGCGAUCUCAGAGCAUCGGCGUUGCUGGUAACCAAGCUGGCGCGCAGUUGAGACCUCGCGCUGCUACGAAUGUCGGUGCGAGAUCGGGCUCACCAUCGGAAUCCGCCGCGAGCACCCCGAGAGAGUAUGCGGGCACUUCGGGUUCCAGGCGAAGGCAAGCUGGUGCGAAGGAUGAGGCGGAAAGUUGGCUUCCAAAGCUCACACCGAGAGGCGAGAUUGUCUAUGUCAACGUUCGCACAGGGGCAGAGGUCUCUGAGAUUCCUCUUGAAGGUGCAGAUGCGUUUGCUGGCAGCAGUAAUCAGACCUCCGAGGAUGAGACCUAUCACUCUGAUUAUUCGGGAAGCAACGCCGAGGCCGUGUUGGCCUCCAAAGGAUCCAGCACUACUGCCGUGCAGAAACGAGAGGCAGAACGCUUGCGCAACGGGUCGAUGUCGUCCUCCAACACUGUGAACAGCGCAAAUACUGCCACCCUUGCGAAACGCAAUCCAAUUGGAGCCAUGCCAAAUCCCGCGGAUGUCCUUAGACCCUGGAAGCUUCGAUUGAGCAGCGACGAACGUUCCUUCUUCUACUACAACGUGGAGACACAAGAAUCACGCUAUGAUGCCCCACCACAAGCUCUGCGCACCCUCCGUUCAGAUCCGCGCACAGGCUCUCUCGAGUCCUUGGAGGAACUCGCGGACGAGGUUGGCGGUCGCAAGACACGAGCAGAUACUCAGCGAAGUAGGUCGGGGUCGCGAUCCGGCGACUUGGAAUGGGACGCUACUGCUGCCUCCUUGCCCGGAAAGUCACCUCACCUAGCCUAUGAGGCCAAACAGCGCACCAAGAGUAUAGUUGCACCCACUUCGCUUCUUGACGCACCACAUUCGAUGCUGAGCGACGAGCAGGAAGCUUUGGAGCUACAACAUGCGCUCGACGCGCCUCCACCCACUUCCACCAAGCUGCUGGUAGAUCACGCCGAUAAGCUCAUUGGCAUGGUCCUAUCCAUCGCUGCUGAGCCCAUCGGUGUUGACGGCAAAAGCGAGCUUGACCACCGCCACGGAUCAACAUCGAGCAGCCUCCUCCACGAGACAACAAGGUUGGGCAUCGCCACACGAGAUGCCGUGCACGCUGUUCGUGAUGUACUAUACGCUGCGUGUGCACUUGGCAUGGCCCAAUCAGAGCUCUCGAGCUUGUCCGAGCUCGUGAGCCUUUUUGACAGCCAAGCGCCAACGUCCGCUCUUCAUGCGCUGCAAGCAGCAAUCGCGGCAGUCAACAACCGGGUGCAAGGGGCUACGCAUGAAGAAGCGGCGAUAGCUACGGCAUUUCAGCAAGCGAUACCGACGCCCCCGUCGCUCUCCAUAUCCGCCAGCAAAGUUACAGCUAUCGUCUCCAAACUUCUGCUUUCCGUACGCGCGGUGAUCGAGCAGCCUGCACCAGAGACGGCGGCCAUUCGUAAUCCAGAGCGGGAAGAAGCUUUCGUGGAAAAGCUCACAAACUACCGCCAACGCGUUCGAGAAGAAGCUAUCGAGCUCGGAAGGGUACUCGGUGCAUUCGCAAUAGAGCUCUACCAGGCAAAGAAUGCGCGCAAUCACUCGGCCGCUACGGCACCAUGGGCCCGCAGAGUCCAAGGCGUGCUUGUUAGUGGUAAAGGCACUGCCGGCAUCGGACUUGAGCUACUGGGAGGUGGCAGCGCCGCAGGAUGGCGAGGAUCCGGUUUCGUCCUUCCGAACGCAACCGAAGCUGCCGCUCUUCGUGCAGAGUCAAUGGGCUCGUUUCAAAACCCGUUCGAGCUUACUCGAGAUGCACAAAACGCCUUAGCCUCCGGCAAAGUGGCAAUGCGCCGAAGACCAACUCAGCUUCUUAACAACAGAGUGCUGGACGAGCGCCUGCAAUCGCAUCACGACGACCUCAAUCGUCAGCUCGAUGAGCUCGCCCGAAUCAUACAGAGUGGAGGCGCACCCCAAGCGGAUCGGAGCCCACGUUCAUCGCAAAUGCCUUUUGGCCUGAAAGCUGACGCCGCAGCACAACGCUUGAGCCGGCCGGGCAUUCAAAUGCUCCUCUCCCAGGUCAAGUUUAUUCUGAUACGCUUCGGUACCAUUAUGACACUGGUCGAAGAGCUCGACGUGGCUGGCGUCAUCGACGUUGAUGGCCCCGCUGCAUCCGAGGGUGACGAAGCCGACGAUGAGCGACGCAGACUCAUGGUCAGCGUUGUCAAUGCCCGACUUGCACUGCAUGCACUUUCAAGCGUCAAGCAGGGUGCUUACGAUUGUAGCUCCAAUCUCAUGAUGGACGCGCAAGAUGCUUCGACCGAGCCAUCGUCGACAAGCCUUGACAGCGACUUGAUGGAACGGAUGCUGCUCCACGCUCGAGCACUGUCCAACCUGAUGCAACGCCAGCUUGGCCUGCUGCACGACAUAUCAGACAUCGCGGAAGAGCAGGCCAGCGAGUCGAUGCAGAGCAUAGGAGCGCGUUCAAAGGUGUAUGGUACCGAGAAUGUGCAUAUUGCCGUCAAGGACGGACCCCAGAGUAGUGGAGAAACCGCGGGGGACGAGGUCAUGUAUCUAGGACCAGGACUGUCAGUGCCAAACGGUCCCGUCGCUAAUCGCGCUGAGCCGCGGACGCCUGCUGCGGGCUCUAGCAAGUCUUCCAUGGCGCCGUCCGUUCGCAGUGGUAUGGGCAUGCGCACGCGCUCGACCUCCGUCACCACGGGUGUUUCUGUAGGAUCUCAAGAUUCUUCUUCAAAGUUCUUGCCCCGUCGCGGUACCGAUGGCACUGCCGACAGCGACUCCCUCGAGGCUGCGAGGUCCAAGAGCGCCAGUAAGAUGAAGCGCUUCUUCGGCGACGAUCCCUUGGUGCCGCCACCUGGCGUUUCCCAGAGUGAAGCGUCUGCUUCUAAAGCGACCGCCGACUCUUCGCAUGCUUCUAGCACCGCUGCGAGCCACACGCCUAGCCUUGUCAGCAGCAAGCCCACCGAAGAAAUCCCAUGGUUCCUGGAACCCGACUAUGCUCCUCAGGACUUAGUCUUUAACGCGACUGGCCAGGUAAAGGGUGCUACGCUGGGAGCCUUGAUGGAGCGCCUGACGAUGCACAAUACGUUCGAUCCCACCUUCAACAACACCUUCUUGAUGACCUAUCGAUCUUUCACAACGACUGAGACUUUCCUCGAUCUGCUCUUUGCGCGCUUUCGGAUACGGAUGCCCCCUGGGCUGUCGCCUGAGGAACAGACGGUAUGGACGGAGAAGAAGCAGACGCCCAUCCGCUUGAGGGUGUUCAACGUGCUCAAAUCGUGGAUUGAGUCACAUUUCUACGAGGGAGAAGAUGACGAUCACUUGAAGCGCAUCAAGGAAUUCGCUCUUGAUGAAAUGGCACAGUCGCUGCCCAUGGAGACGCCCUCGAAGCUCCUGAUCAGGCUGGUAGAGCGCAAGCAAGGCGACGGGGAGCAAAUGAUUCGCAAAAUGGUCAUGCCCACCUCUGCGCCGCAACCCAUCGUGCCCAAAAACUCGCGCAAAGUCAAGUUCCUCGAGAUUGACCCUCUCGAGAUGGCGCGUCAGCUCACACUCAUCGACAGCAGACUGUACAAUCAGAUCAGGCCAGUCGAAUGCUUGGGGAAAGCCUGGUCUCAGUCGAAUGGCGAGACGAUCGCAAAGGGCAUUCGAGACUCCAUCAGCGCAAACAACCGCGUGAGCGGUUGGGUGUCCGAAAGUGUAUUGACUCAGGAGGAUCUCAAGAAACGCGCUGCUUACGUCAAACACUUUGUCGCGAUUGCCGACCGAUGCUUUGCUCUCAACAACUUUUCGUCAAUGAUGGCGAUCUACUCCGGCUUGAACAACGCUGCUCUCAACCGCUUGCGCCGAACCUGGGACGCGGUGAACCAGCGACACCUGGCAAUGUUCGAGAACAUGAAGGUGACUCUCGCCCCUACGAAGAACUUCUCGCGUUACCGACACACCUUGCGCCAGCUCAAUCCGCCAUGCGUUCCAUUCUUGGGAGUCUACCUCACGGAUCUGACAUUCAUCGAAGACGGCAACUCUGAUCAUCUCAAGACUGACGAGCGGCUCAUCAACUUCAGCAAGCGUCAGAUGACUGCUGAGAAGAUCGGGGAGAUCAUGAUCUACCAGAGUACGCCGUACAAUCUGACGCCCGUUCAGCCAAUUCAGAAGUUCAUCGAAGACAGCAUGAUGGACAGCCGAGGUGAUGACGAGCUGUUCGAGCAGAGUCUCCGCCUGGAGCCCCGCGAACGAGAAGACGAGAAGAUCGCGCGCCUUCUGCAAGAGAGUGGUUUCUUGUAAACUCCACUGCGUCCGAGUUGACUUCAAAUCAGCUCCUUUUCUCCACUAUGCCCACUCACGUAUUCUUUAUACCCUUCGAUUCACACGUUGCUCAGACCGAGUCAUCUGCUCUUCGACGCACUUUUUCCUGGGGGCCUCACCACAGCCAAUCUUGCCAACCGUCUCCAUAUGUACCUUGUCUCCAUUUGCUAGCGAUUCUAAGUAUGUAAGCUGGGUGUGCUUCGC